GUGCAAGCAUGAACGACAUCAAGUUGGCCUUGCUGGGAAGUCCAGGAGCAGGAAAGUCAGCUGUCCUCGUGCGCUUCCUGACCAGACGCUUCAUCGGAGAGUAUGCUUCAGACACCAAUUCUCUGUAUCGAAAGAGGCUGUCCAUCGAUGGCAGGCAACUGAAUUUGGAGGUGUUUGAUCCGUGCUCACAGAUCUCAGAGGCCAGGUGUAUAUUGGAGGAACCAGUGGAGUGGGCAGACGGCUUUGUAGUAGUCUACAACAUCAGCGACCGCUCUUCCUUCCUCGACGCCAAGAGCAUCCUGAGGCAGAUACAUGAAGCCCGUCGGCAGGAUAAAGGAGAUCAACUGGGUGUCCCUGUGUGUUUGCUAGGCAACAAGCAGGAUCUCUGCCAUGCCCGGCAGGUGCGUGAAGAAGAAGGGCGCUGCUUAGCGCAGGAGAACCGCUGUCACUUUCAGGAAGUGUCAGCGGCUGAGAGCUACCAGGACAUUGCUGGUUUGUUCACACAGCUCAUCAGACAAGUGAUGGAGCACCUGAAGUAUCGAGCUGACCGCCGCCGCUACAGCGGCUCCAAGUCCAUGGCCAAGCUCAUCAACAACGUGUUUGGCAAGCGGAGAAAGUCGGUGUGAACAAAGAUCCUCUCUGUGUGUAGAGAUGAAUCGAACAAGCGGGAACGUGGCAUGUGCUGCCUUAAACUUAAAUGAAUAUACAAUAGUUUGAUCGAACGUUCAUGUUGUUGUUGUUUUUAUGCUCUUUUGUAAUUGUCCUAAAACGCCACAGGAUGCCGCCAGAGCCCUGGACACAUUUCUUGUGUUACAUGACAAUUUUCAAUUAAUGAAAUAGCAGUGGGGAAGUAGCUCAGUGGUAGAGCUCAUGUUUUGCAUGUAUGAAGUUCAAUCUAGGUCCAUUUUUUGUAUGAAAAUAUAUGAGCUUUGUGUGUAUUUCUCCAAGGCCUCUCUGAGGGACAUCUGUCAGGUCAUCAUGGAAAUAAAUCAUCCAUCUAAAAUUGGCUUUGUCAACUGCUAAGUUAA